AUGCGAUCCUCAUCGAGGGAAGAAAAUAUCACCCAAAAUAAGCCUAUUCACGAAAAACCGAAACGUGUGAAAAGCAACGACGGAGGAGUUUGUAGCAGACCUCCAGAUGAGACAAAGACUGAUUUCAAUACGUUUGACCUAUUCGAGAAAGUAGUUGCCGGUAGUGGCUCUCUUCCACAAACUUCCAAAAAGACGAGAACGGAGAAACUGAAAGUUUACGUACUACCGUUUACUCAUGUGGAUCCAGGAUGGUUGGAAACAUUCGAAAGUUAUACAAAACGAACCAAUCAAAUAUUGGAUAAUAUGCAUCAAUUUAUGAUGAAAAAUGAGAAAAUGAGGUUCAUGUGGGCGGAGUUUGUAUUCUUCGAACGGUGGUGGUCACUACAGAAAGAUCAAGUCAAAGACGAUGUUAAGAAACUUGUCUCCGAAGGACGUCUCGAAUUGGCUACUGGAUCCUGGGUAAUGACUGAUGAAGCGAACCCUUACUUCCCAGUUUCUGUGGAUAAUAUUGUUGAAGGUUUCCAAUUCAUUUAUCAUAAUUUCGGAAUAAAACCGAAGACAAUCUGGUCAAAUGAUCCCUUUGGAUACUCUAAUUCAGUCCCAUAUUUGUUCAAAAAAUCCGGUGUUCACAGGAAUGUAAUCAAUCGAAUUCAUCAUAAAAUCAAGGGAACUCUCCAAAGUCAACAGGCGAUUCCUUUCAAUUGGAGACAAUAUUUUGAUGGAGAUGGUGAAGAUGAUGUUUUGACUCAAGUGCUACCCUACACCCAUUACGAUGUGUUGAAUUCUUGUGGCUCUGAUGCUUCCGUUUGUUGCGAAUUCGACUUCAAAAGAAUCACUCAUUGGUCGUGUCCUGGUCCGAAACCAGUGAACAUUGAUUCAAGUAAUGUGGCUGCAAAAUUUGAUAUGAUUGAGGAAUGGAAUCAACAACAUGACAAUUACCUUCCAGUUUUCGAUGAAAUUAAUAAAGGAUCGAGAGUGGAAAUAAGAUUUGGAACCUUCACUGACUAUUUCGAUGAGCUCGAGAAAUGGUAUUCCGAGAAUAAAGACUCUCAACCAUCGACUCUUUCCGGUGACUUCUUCCCGUAUAUGUGUGCUCUUGGAGACUAUUGGACUGGUUAUUACACGACAAGACCAUUCUUCAAAAGACAGGGAAGACUUCUUCAUUCUCUCAUCAGAAAUUCCGACAUAAUGCUUUCAAUGCUCCGUGGAAAUUUGAAGCAGAGAAAGAUCGUCGAGAAUGAAAAGAGACUAGAACAAGCUAGAAGAAGUCUAUCACUUUUCCAGCAUCACGAUGCUAUCACAGGAACAUCGAAAGUGAGCGUUAUGGAUAACUAUUCGGAACUCCUUCAUGACUCAAUUAUUUCAACGAAAAUCGUGUUGGAAAAUCUGACGAAAAGUGAUAUUGACAUCUAUCCAAGGGUCCAUGAUGGAGUGGAAAUUCAACAGGUUGUGGAUUUUGAAAAGAAAGAAAAGGAGGUCAAAAUCUUCAAUAGUCUUCUUUUUACUAUCACUGACGUCUUUGGGAUUCGAGUCAAUAAUCGAGAAGUGGUGGUUUCAAUUGAAGGAAAAACGGUUGAAGCCCAACUAGAGCCUUACUUCCAAAAGGGCAAGGCUGAAGCUGACUCGUUCACUCUGCUCUUCAAAGCUACCGUACCUCCAUUGAGUAUGAUAAAAGUGAAAAUUCAAAAAGGAGAUUCUGAAGGAAUGACGAAGAUGGCUAAAGUGGAAGCGAAGGAUUCAAGUGCUUGGGAGUUGGGAAAGAACUGGAAAGUUGAAGCCCCAACAGAAUCUUCAUCUGAAAUGGAGACGCCAUUCUUGAAGGCUACAUUUGAUCCCACUGGAUCUCUACAGACCGUAAUCAAACAAAACGACAAAUCGAAAUUCGAUUGCCAACAGUCGUGGCAUCAAUACAGAGAAGCCGGAGGCGGAGCCUAUCUGAUGAGAUUGCAUACGAAUCCAAAGGAAGUGACAGAGUUCCAGUGGAUGAGAAUAACUGGUCCGUUGAGACACUCCGUUUACCAGAAAUCGAAGAAUAUUUUGCAAAGAACAAGUAUUGUUAAUGUUGAAGGACCAUCUGGAGAAGAAGUUGAUAUCUCGAUGUCCAUUGAUAUAACUUCUGAAAGAAAUACAGAAUUGAUGACUCGUUUCUCAACGAACUGGGAAAAACCAAUCACGUUUACUGAUAGUGUCGGAAUGCAGUUGUUAAGAAGAGACUACUAUAAGAUGCCAGUUCAAAAUAACUAUUAUCCAAUGCCAACGGCUGCAGUUUUGCAAAAUGGAAAGCAACGAGUCUCCAUCGUUUCGAAUGUUGAACAUGGCGCCCGUUUCUUGGAGAACGGAAGUGUUGAAGUAAAUAUCGAUCGAAUUUUGAAUCAAGACGAUGGAAAAGGACUCGGAUCAGGAUCAGAUGCAAUUCCAGUCGAUAUGAAACCAGUUGAUAUGAAAUUUAAAUUAGUUUUCGAUCAAUUGGAUCAUGAGGAUUCACCGAAAAUCCACUACUCAACACAUAGUUUCCGUGCUCAACAAGCAGUUCAGUCAGUCAUUUAUCCCCCGAUUCUUUUCGAUGGAAAUCCGAAAAAAGAGGAAGAUAUUGAGGAAAUCGAAGAGAAUUCUAAUCUGAAUUUCCCUUGUGAUGUUCAACUUUUAACCGUCCGACCAUUAUCUGAAUCAAGGCAAUUAAUGAUUUUCUAUCGACAUGCGACAUCGUGUUCAAGUGAAAAAAUGAACAAUUGUGGAGCUGAUUUCAAGGUAUUUUUGGGUGCAAUAGCGCUCUACUGA